GGUAUGAGCCAUGGCGCCUGGCCAGAUUUAUUGAUUUUAAAGGAAAUUGAGUAUUAUCAACCUAAUGGAGCUGUGGAGCCCAGUAGAAAACCAGAUGUCUUUAAUUCAAAUUUUCCCUCUUUCUACCAGCCAAUCCUUCAAGGUUGGUUUCAGGUUGCCUUAUAUUCUAGCAAGAGGAGCCCAAAUAGACUGGGAGGUAAGAAACUUCAAUCCUAGACUUGACUGCCAGCAACUUGCUGGGGGACUGUGGGCAAGUCCCUAAUUUCUUUGACCCCAGUUUCCUCAUCUGUAAAAAUUAACAUGUUGGUCUGUUCUAAUCUCUAAUUUCUCCUCUAGAUUUAUACAAACAUUUUUCAUGCAGUAAUAACUGCCAACGCUGACUUGGUGUUGCUAGUUAGUAAUCUUAAUCAUCUAAAGCCUGAUAGCCACUCAGCUUUCUAGGUCUGCUAUCUUCAGGGAAACUGAGGACGAAAGAAAGCAGUCAGCUCUUGCACUAGUUCCCCAGGACCUUAAACAAGUCACAGAGCCAUUCUGCACCUGUUUCUUCUGUAAAGUUCCGGAGGGGGUUGAGCUGGAACACCAAGGUUCGGCUUGCUCAAGGGGAUCUGAAUUUCCUCAACUCCAAGGGUUGGGCUUCUGACCCUUGAGGGAGAGGCAGAACUUGAGACCUGAGCCUCAGUUCCUGCAUAAGGUGGAGUAGACAGUACAACUUCAUGUGCACCCUUUCCUAACCCCCUGCGGCUUUGGAAUUUGAAGCACACAAAAAAAAAGUUUCUGUAAAAUACUGCUAUUUAUUUUCCUUUGCAUUUUCGGCCUUUGAGGGAGUUUCCAUAGUAACGUGCCCUUUCAGUCGUCUAGCCUGAAGGGAGGCUCCAGAGUUCCAGCCUCAGGGCUCAGACUCGCCCAGAUGCACGUGUCCUCGGACUUUAAUUGGUUAUCGCCAGCCGAGCCCCUGGUAACCCUGGCAACCCCACCCGCCCACGAAUCGCUGGGCUACGAUUGGCCUGUGAUACUAAAGCCCGAACGCGAACUGCUCAGGCCAUUGGCCCGAGUCACUGCAAAGCUGACGCUAUGGUUGGUGAGCCUGGACGUCAGUCAGAGUCGGAGGCAGGGUCAAAUAGGGAGAAAUGGCGACGGAGCCAGGCUGUGGGUGAGUGAUUUCUGAAGGGGUGGAGGUGUGAGGCAGCUGAUCACCGCGGCCCUUUCUUGGGGAAAGAUCUGGGAACUACAGUCUAGCCUCAGGCCUCGGCUUACUAGAAGCUUGACCGACUCAAAGCCUCAUGGACAGCAGUCCCACGAAGAAACUAUUUUGAUUUGAGCAUUUAGUCAUCUCCCAUCUCCCCCAUGGCCCUGACAAUGCUGAAUGGGCUUCUGGUUAAUGACUUAAGCCCACCUUUGCUGCUGCACCAGGUGACCAAGACUGCCCAGUUAGAUACUUUCAACUACCAGAGCUGCUUUAUGCAAGGUGUCUUUGCCCGUUUCCCUGAGAUCUUAUUUAUCCACCGGACCUACAACCCAAGAGGCAAAGUGUUAUAUACCUUCCUGGUGGAUGGACCUCAGGUACAGCUGGAAGGUCAUCUUGCCCGGGCAGUCUACUUUGCCAUCCCUGCAAAGGAGGAUGCUGAAGGCCUGGCCCAGAUGUUCCAGGUGUUCAAGAAGUUUAACCCAGCAUGGGAAAGAGUCUGUACUAUCCUGGUGGAUCCCCACUUCCUCUCUCUGCCCACCCUAGCCAUGGAGUUCCCCGCAGCUGAGGUCCUGCUCUCAGCCUUCCACAUCUGUAAGUUUCUCCAAGGCAAGUUCUAUCAGCUGUCCCUUGAAAGGCCUGUGGAAAGGUUGCUCCUGACCUCCCUGCAGAGCACGAUGUGCUCAGCCACAGCAGGCAACCUGAGAAAGCUGUAUACCCUCAUGAGCACCUGCAUCCCCCCAGCCAAGCUACCCGAGCUGCACUCCCACUGGCUGCUCAACGACCGUAUCUGGCUGGCCCACCGCUGGAGAAGCAGAGCCGAGAGCAGUCGCUACUUCCAGAGCCUUGAGGUCACCACCCGCAUCCUCAGCCAAUUCUUUGGCACCACCCCAUCUGAGAAACAGGGCAUGGCCUCUCUGUUUCGAUACAUGCAGCAGAACUCUGGAGACAAGGGAAGCUUCCACUUGGGCCUGAGUCCCCAGAACAAUCUUGCCCCAUCAGACAUCAGCCCUGAAAGCCACAAAGUGGAGCAGUUAGUAGAAUCCCGCAUCCAGCACUCCCUCAAUGCCAUCUGCACAGGGCCAGCGGCCCAGCUCUGCCUGGGCGAGCUUGCCGUGGUCCAGAAAUCCACACACCUCAUUGGCUCUGGCUCAGAAAAGAUGAACAUACAGAUCCUGGAAGACAUUCACAAGGUGCAACCCCAGCCCCCUGCCAGCUGCAGCUGCUACUUUAACCAGGCCUUCCAGCUGCCCUGCCGCCACAUCCUAGCCAUGCUCAGUGCCCGCCGCCAGGUCCUCCAGCCUGACAUGCUCCCUGCUCAGUGGACAGCAGGCUGUGCCACCAGUUUAGACAGCAUCCUGGGCAGCAAGUGGAAUGAGACCCUGGAUAAGCACUUGGCAGUGACUCACCUCACUGAGGAGGUAGGUCGGCUCUUGCAGCACUGCAGUAAGGAGGAGUUUGAGCGGAGGUACAGCACCCUGCGGGAACUGGCCGACAGCUGGAUCGGCCCUUAUGAGCAGGUCCAACUCUGAUUACUCUCGAUGCCCAGAGAUGCUCGUGCAUGUGCACACACUCACGUCCACCCCUACACACACACAAACUCGCACUCACACUGUUGUACUUCCGUGGGCCCUCCUUCCAGAAUAAGGACAAGGGUCUUUUAAUCUACCAUAGCCUGCUACCUGGAAGGUGUCUAGCCCCUAGAGGGCCCAAUAGUAUUAUAAAUACUUUACAUUGUUGGCCACAUACAGUCCCUGUUGUGUAUUCUUGAUUUUGUUUUGAUAACCUUUUCCUAAGGUAAAAACCAUUCUUAUCUCAAGGGUCAUACCAAAGUAGGCAAUUUGUGAUCUAAGAUAAGAAAUUGGGUGGUAAGACUGAGGCCUGGGGCUUGGUAACAGCCACCCUAGUCAUGAGAUGAUUCACCUGACCCAUCUCCCUUGAGAGAGCUGGCCUAGGAGCCUUCCCACAGAGGAAAAGGCCCCUCAGGGGAUUUGGCUUAGCCAGGCUCCCGCCAUCCCCCCCCCCAUCCUGGCAUCAAUAAAAUUUAAUGUGGCAUAUUUUA